AUGCUUAGUCACGGGGCGCGUAACAGGUUCCGUGACUCGUCGAUGUCGAGAGGAUAUAAACGUACGUCCCGAGGCCGUCCCCCACGCUCUCUGAAAUCAACUGUUCAGUGUCUCUCGGAGUUUUGGAAAGAGACCCCGUCACAAUCUUCCAUCCCUAAGACAUUCCGCUCGGCAACUCUUGGACAGCGCAUCUCCGUCGCAGCCAUGAUUAUCUCGCCUCCUCCCACGCCGUCGAGGGCCUUCAGAGAUGACGAGCGGAGAUUUAAAACUAUUACAUUACCGUGUGAGUGGGUAGAGGAUUACCGCCCAGGUGGUUACCAUCCCGUCGUUCUCGGCGAUGUCUUCAACAACGGUCAGUACAAGGUUAUCCGGAAGCUCGGCGAGGGCUCCUACUCAACGGUUUGGCUCGCCCGUGACCUGAAUGAAUAUGUCGCCUUGAAGAUUCUUGUGUCGGAAAUCUCGGGAUUGACGACCGAACUACAAAUUUUACGCCACCUCACCGAAAUCGCACCAACAGAAGUGGCCCGGCAUGUCACGCGACUGCUAGGCGAGUUCGACCAUCGCGGCCCCAAUGGCGUCCACAGAUGCCUGGUAUUUGAGCCUAUGGGUCCGAGUGUGAAUACUAUGGUCGAGGAGCUGCCGCAGUUUAAACCUCGCAGGCGAGGAAUGAAGAUCCGCUAUCCGCUUCGGAUGGCAAAGAGCAUCCUCAAGCAGUCCUUGCAGGCUCUUGCAUUUCUCCACGAAAAUGGGGUCGCCCAUGGAGACUUCCAACCGGGAAAUAUACUCUUUACUCUAAACGAUGUUGACUCGACGCCUGAGGACAUGCUCCGGCAGGAGAAAGAUGUACAAGCCCGGUCGAUAUCCUUCCCGGUAGAGAGGCUAGAUGGUAAAGAAGAUAAAUGGGCUCCUCGAUAUCUUUGCGUUGCACAGCCGUUGGUGCCCUUCACCCGCUACACCGAAGGUUUCAAGGUUAAAUUAUCCGAUAUGGGCGGUGCAUAUUUCUUCACCGAUCCGCCAACAAAGCCCGUUACUCCGCUCAGUCUUCGAGCUCCUGAAUCGAUUCUUACCGGAGCCAUUAACAAUACUUUUGAUGUCUGGAGUUUCGGCUGCCUUGUCUUUGAGCUUAUCACCGGACAGCCACUCUUCUGUAUACCGGGGUCCGAGUAUGAAAUUGAUGAUCAUCUUCUCUCCCUUACCGCCCGGCUCGGCGCCCUCCCCGACGAGCUUUUCAGGCAUUGGAAGACGUCGUCGCUCUACUUUACGCCCGAGAGGAAGCUCUUUAAUUGUAAGCUCGGAGGAGUCGCCCCGGAGGAGGAACCGCUUAUGGUAGAGCAGACGUCCAUGGAAGAAUUAUUCGAUCGGUCAGAGCCGGACCUUGAUGACGAGGAAGCCUACGAAGUAAAAGCGCUGAUUCGAUUGAUUUUGCAAUAUGAUCCCACGAAGAGACCUUCGCCAGCGCAAAUCUUGUCUAAUCCAUGGUUCUGGAAGAUUGAGAGCGACUAA